UGAUCUGCAUCUAAACAGUUCUGCUGCUCGCUCUUCAUAUCAUAAUUAUAAUAAAUAAAUAUGCUAAUACACAGGCACAUUUAGCCUAAUACGUUGAAACACAUGUUUUACAUAAUACCAAUAAACGAUACUGUAGUAAUACAUGAUUAUACAAAUACUGCGCACGCCGUACACUACUGCAUUACAUAAGCGCAUCAGAGGCCAGUGCAGCAGUUGCCUGCGGCUCCGGUGGCGCUUGUGCGCGCGCUGCAGUGGGACACAGAUGUGGCGGAUCCGCCCGUGUUACCGGAGCUACGCUAUGUCCUCCGUGAAGCUCGACGGCGCAGGUGCGGGUGCAGUUGAGGCCAACAGUAAACCCACCGGGCCCUUAAUGAAGAACCUGGAGAGCAUCGCUCCUUUAGUUCAAUCUGCAGCAGAGACCCCUGAGCCCAUUUCCACCCAGGUACAAGGCAUCAUUCCCACCUGGAUCAAUGGGAAGUUCCUCCGCAACGGUCCGGGGAAGUUCGAGUUCGGAAACACACACUACAACCACUGGUUUGACGGCAUGGCUUUGCUUCACCAGUUCAGGAUCGAGCACGGACGGGUCACGUACAUGAGCAGGUUUUUGCGCAGCGACGCCUACAAGAAGAACAGUGAAAGGAACCGCAUCAUGAUCUCAGAGUUCGGUACCUUGGCCAUGCCCGACCCCUGUAAGAGCCUCUUUCAGCGCUUCCUGUCCCGCUUCGAGGUGAUGGAUGUCACAGACAAUGCAAGUGUGAGCUUUGUAAAGUACAAAGGGGACUACUAUGUCAGCACAGAGACCAACUUCAUGCACAAAGUCAACCCGGAAAACCUGGAAACGUUGGACAAGGUGGACUGGAGCAAGUUCAUUGCUGUAAAUGGAGCCACUGCCCACCCUCACUACGAGCCUGACGGAACCACCUACAAUAUGGGCAACUCUUAUGGAAAUAAAGGAGCCUUGUACAACAUCAUAAAAGUCCCUCCAGAGAAGGCAGAAGCCAAAGACACGCUACAAGGAGCCUCGAUACUCUGCUCCAUCGUGCCUGCGAAAAAGUCCCACCCCUCCUACUACCACAGCUUCGCCAUGUCUGAGAACUACGUGGUGUUCAUCGAGCAACCCAUCAAGAUGGACCUGCUGAAGAUCGUCACCUCCAAGCUGAGGGGGAGGGCUCUGGGCGAGGGCGUCUACUGGGAUCCCACGCAGGAGACCGUCCUCCACCUGGCUGACAAGCGGACAGGAGAGGUCAGCGCCGUGAAGUACCACACCGCGCCGCUGUCCACCUUCCAUCAGAUCAACGCCUUCGAGGAGGACGGCCUCCUGAUGGUCGACAUGUGCUGCUCCGACGACGGCCGCGCCAUCGGCAACUACCUCAUCCAGAACCUGCGGCGGUCCGGACACGCGCUGGACGAGGUGUACAACGCCGGCUGCAGAGCGUUCCCCCGCCGCUUCGUCCUGCCGCUCCGCGUGACCGAUGAAACGCCCGCGGGCCAGAACCUGAACACGCGCUCGGCCAGUGGAGCGACGUGCGUCAAAGUGGGCAAAAACAAGGUGUUCUGCCAGCACGAGGAUCUCCAUGGAGACGACCUCCACGACUACGGAGGCCUGGAGUUCCCUCAGAUCAACUACAGCAAACACAACACGCGCUCCUACCGUUACUUCUACGGCUGUGGCUUCAGACACCUGGUUGGAGACUCUCUGCUCAAGAUGGACCUGAGGGACAAGACGCUGAAGGUUUGGUACCAGAGGGGCUUUUACCCCUCGGAGCCUGUGUUUGUGGCGUCGCCGGACGCCGUGGAGGAGGACGACGGCGUCAUCCUCUCCGUGGUCCUCACUCCCUCACAGGAUAAAGGAACGUUCCUCCUGGUUUUAGAGGCCAAGACGAUGGAGGAGCUUGGACGGGCCAACGUUCCUGUUAACAUUCCUUAUGGCUUCCACGGCGCCUUUAAUCCAAGUUAAAUUUGAACUGACUGAUAAUACUGUCAACGCAUCAUUAGCAUUUAUUUCAUCCAUACCAUUAUAACAGUUUUGUAAAUAUUCCAUGAAUAUGUUGUUUAAUUUAAAAAAAUUAAAUAUAUCUUUUGAAGUUUAA